AUGGCAGAGACAGCAGAGAUAGAUACUCCACCGGUUGAAAUACCGGUGGAUCAAGCACAGCAAGAAGGAGGAGAGGAACAGCAACUCACACCGAAUGACGAUAACGCCCUCGUCCAGUCCGAAACUGCUGUGACGACCACCACUGACGCUGACGGCACGCAAAAGAAAACAAAAAAGAUUAUCCGAAAGAAGCGACGACCAGCACGGCCACAGGUUGAUCCCGCAACUGUCAAAUCUGAGCCGCCGCCUCAGACGGGAACAGUCUUCAACAUCUGGUAUAACAAGUGGUCUGGAGGUGAUCGCGAGGACAAAUAUCUCUCAAAACACGCGGCGCCAUCGCGAUGCAACAUUUCAAAGGAUAGUGGCUAUACGCGCGCGGAUAAAGUGACGGGCUCCUAUUUUUGUUUGUUUUUUGCUCGUGGGGUUUGCCCGAAAGGCUAUGAAUGCGAAUAUCUCCACCGCCUCCCUACGCUUCACGAUCUUUUCAACCCGAAUGUGGACUGCUUCGGCCGUGACAAGCACAGCGACUACCGCGAUGACAUGGGCGGUGUGGGCUCGUUCAUGCGCCAAAACCGCACACUCUACGUUGGCCGGAUCCACGUAACCGAUGAUAUCGAAGAGGUCGUAUCGCGGCAUUUCGCAGAAUGGGGCCAGAUCGACCGGAUCAGAGUGCUUACAUCGCGUGGCGUCGCUUUUGUUACGUAUACAAAUGAAGCAAACGGGCAGUUUGCAAAAGAGGCGAUGGCACACCAGAGCUUGGACCAUAGUGAAAUCCUUAAUGUCAGAUGGGCGACAGUCGAUCCGAACCCGUUGGCACAGAAGCGGGAGGCUAGGAGACUGGAGGAGCAGGCUGCCGAGGCUGUGAGGAGAGCAUUACCGGUUGAGUUUGUGGCAGAAUUAGAGGGGAGGGAUCCAGAGGCGAGAAAGAGGAAGAAGAUCGAAGGCAGUUACGGAUUGCAGGGGUAUGAGCCGCCAGAUGAGGUUUGGUUUGCGAGAGCGAAAGAAUUGGAGGCCGCAGGCGAUGAGACCGGCCAGCUUGAGGCGCCUGAACAACCGCUCAUGAUCGAAGGUGGAGGCUCGGCGGGUCAGCAAGAAGUUGGAGGUGGUGGGAUCUUCUCGAGCUCAACUGUUGCUGCGCUGAGGGGCUUGAGUGGUGGUAAUGUCACAACAAAACAAGCGCCGCAGGCUUCAGGGCCUCUCGUGGGAUAUGGAAGUGAUGACGAGAGUGAUUAA